AUGUUUUUCUGUAAUUCAGGCACCGGGACGGAAAAUAAUGGAAUCACCCACCAUACACGGACCGCACCACUGAUUGGUAGUUCAGGGCAGGGCAGAGAUGUCUGUUCCUUACCUUUAGCUGCUGGGACGGCUGCGACAUGCCCAGGGGCACAAGCAGUUUUGCGUUAUUACUAUGCUGGCAGUACAAGUGGUUGUACCCCAUUUGCUUAUUAUUGUGGUGAAAAUGCCAACAACUUUGAAAGCAGUGCAUUGUGUGAAGCAGCAUGUUCAGGUGUCUGUUCCUUACCUUUAGCUGCUGGGACGGCUGCGACAUGCCCAGGGGCACAAGCAGUUUUGCGUUAUUACUAUGCUGGCAGUACAAGUGGUUGUACCCCAUUUGCUUAUUAUUGUGGUGAAAAUGCCAACAACUUUGAAAGUAGUGUAUUGUGUGAAGCAGCAUGUUCAGUGGUUACAACAGCUUGUACAUCUGCGCCCUGUUUGAAUGGUGGAGCUUGCUCAGUAACAUCUACUGGGUAUUCCUGUAGUUGCCCAUCUGGUUAUACUGGAACCCGAUGUGAGACUGUGGUUACAACAGCCUGUGCAUCUGCACCCUGUCUAAAUGGUGGAACUUGCUCUCUAACAACUAUUGGGUAUUCUUGUACUUGCCCAUCUGGUUACACUGGAACCCGAUGUGAGACUAGUGUCUGUUCCUUACCUUUAGCUGCUGGGACGGCUGCGACAUGCCCAGGGACACAAGCAGUUUUGCGUUAUUACUAUGCUGGCAGUACAAGUGGUUGUACCCCAUUUGCUUAUUAUUGUGGUGAAAAUGCCAACAACUUUGAAAGUAGUGCAUUGUGUGAAGCAGCAUGUUCAGUGGUUACAACAGCUUGUACAUCUGCGCCCUGUUUGAAUGGUGGAGCUUGCUCAGUAACAUCUAUUGGGUAUUCCUGUAGUUGCCUAUCUGGUUACACUGGAACCCGAUGUGAGACUGUGGUUACAACAGCCUGUGCAUCUGCACCCUGUCUAAAUGGUGGAACUUGCUCUCUAACAUCUAUUGGGUAUUCCUGUGCUUGCCCAUCUGGUUACACUGGAACCCGAUGUGAGACUAGUGUCUGUUCCUUACCUUUAGCUGCUGGGACAGCUGCGACAUGCCCGGGGUCACAAGGCGUUUUGCGUUAUUACUAUGCUGGCAGUACAAGUGGUUGUACUCCAUUUGCUUAUUAUUGUGGUGCAAAUGCCAACAACUUUGAAAGCAAUACAUUGUGUGAAGCAGCAUGUGGAGUAACAGUAAGUCCAUGUUCAACAAAUCCUUGUCAGAAUGGAGGUGCAUGCACUGUUGUAGGUUCAAGUUACACGUGUACAUGUUCAGGGUGUUUUACUGGAAUCAACUGUCAAACAGCUCAAAAUAUUUGUGAUAACCAUCUCUGCCAGAAUGGAGGUGCUUGUAGUGCUGCUCCUAAUUCCUGUAAUUCUUAUACUUGUAUCUGUCCACCAUGCUUCUCUGGUGCUCUCUGUCAAACAGCAACCAAUCCAUGCAGCGACAACUUGUGUCAGAAUGGAGCGGCUUGUGUCGGUAUCACCAACGUUCCUAACCAAUGUAAUCUUUACACAUGUACAUGCCCAGCUUGCUUUAGUGGAACAUACUGUGAAACAGCUCAAAAUGCUUGUGCUAAUACCCUCUGUCAGAAUGGAGCAGCUUGUAAUGCUGUUGCUGGUUCCUGUACUGAUUAUACCUGUACCUGUCCAGCUUGCUUCACUGGAACAUUCUGUCAAACAGGUGUUAAUGCUUGUGGUAAUCAUCUCUGCCAGAAUGGAGCAGCUUGUAAUGCUGUUGCUGGUUCCUGCACUGAUUAUACUUGUACCUGUACGGGUUGCUUCACUGGAACAUUUUGUACAACAGCUGUUAAUGCUUGUGCUAAUAACCUCUGCCAGAAUGGAGGAGCAUGUACUGCUGUUGCUGGUUCCUGCACUGAUUAUACCUGUACCUGUACAGGUUGCUUCACUGGAACAUUUUGUACAACAGCUGUUAAUGCUUGUGCUAAUAACCUCUGCCAGAAUGGAGGAGCAUGUACUGCUGUUGCUGGUUCCUGCACUGAUUAUACCUGUACCUGUACAGGUUGCUUCACUGGAACAUUUUGUACAACAGCUGUCAAUGCUUGUGCUAAUAACCUCUGCCAGAAUGGAGGAGCAUGUACUGCUGUUGCUGGUUCCUGCACUGAUUAUACCUGUACCUGUACAGGUUGCUUCACUGGAACAUUUUGUACAACAGCUGUCAAUGCUUGUGCUAAUAAUCUCUGUCAGAAUGGAGGAGCAUGUACUGCUGUUGCUGGUUCCUGCACUGAUUAUACCUGUACCUGUACAGGUUGCUUCACUGGAACAUUUUGUACAACAGCUGUUAAUGCUUGUGCUAAUAACCUCUGUCAGAAUGGAGGUGCAUGUAGUGCUGUUGCUGGUUCCUGCACUGAUUAUACCUGUACCUGUCCAGCUUGCUUCACUGGAACAUUUUGUACAACAGCUGUCAAUGCUUGUGCUAAUAACCUCUGUCAGAAUGGAGCAGCUUGUAAUGCUGUUGCUGGUUCCUGUACUGAUUAUACCUGUACCUGUCCAGCUUGCUUCACUGGAACAUUUUGUCAAACAGCAACCAGUCCAUGCAGCAACAACUUGUGUCAAAAUGGAGCGGCUUGUGUCGGUAUCACCAAUGUUCCUAACCAAUGUAACCUUUACACAUGUACAUGUCCAGCUUGCUUUACCGGAACGUACUGUCAAACAGCUGUAAAUGCUUGUGAUAACAACCUUUGCGCAAAUGGAGGUGUUUGCAACUCAGUUGCUGGUUCCUGUAUUUCUUAUACCUGUACCUGUCCAGCUUGCUUCACUGGCGCAUUCUGUCAAACAGCUGUGAAUGCCUGCAGUAACAAUCUCUGUCAAAAUGGAGGUGCUUGUAACACUGUGCCAGGAAGCUGCACUCUCUACACAUGUUCCUGUAGUGGAUGUUACAGCGGCUCUUUUUGUGAAACUCUAUCAAGUGGAUGUACUAACAAUGUAUGUCAGAAUGGUGGUGCAUGCUCACCCGUUGCUGGGUCGUGUACACAAUACACUUGCACAUGUCCAACUUGCUUUACUGGAACAUUUUGUGAAACUGCUGUCAAUGCUUGCUCUAACAAUGCAUGUCAGAAUGGAGGAGCAUGCGUACCAUCAGCAGGAAGCUGCACAUCUUACACCUGCACCUGUCCAAGCUGCUUUACCGGUUCAUUCUGUCAAACAGCUAUCAAUGCUUGUGAUAACCACAUCUGUCAGAAUGGAGGUGCUUGUACUGCUAUAGCUGGUUCAUGUACAUCUUAUACUUGUACCUGUCCAGCUUGUUUCACUGGACAAUUCUGUACAACAGCACUUAAUGCCUGUACCAACCAUUUGUGUCAGAAUGGAGCUGCUUGUAAUGCUGUUCCCAAUUCCUGUACCGAUUACACCUGUACCUGUCCAACAUGUUUUACUGGAACUUUCUGUGAAAGUGCUAUUAAUGCUUGUGCUAACAACGUCUGUCAGAAUGGAGGUGCGUGCAAUGCUGUAGCUGGUUCCUGCACUAUUUACACCUGUACAUGUCCAGCUUGUUAUUCUGGUUCAUUCUGUGAAACAGCAAUUAAUGCCUGUUCAAACAAUGUGUGUCAGAAUGGGGGUGCCUGUGUAGGUGUUCCCAAUUCCUGUACUGCUUAUACCUGUACCUGUCCAUCAUGUUAUACUGGAGCUUUCUGUGAAAGUCUUGUGAAUCCUUGCAACAACAAUGCUUGUCAGAAUGGAGGUGCUUGUGUCCAGGUUCCUGGUUCCUGUACAGCAUACACAUGUACCUGUCCAUCAUGCUACACUGGACAAUUCUGUCAAACUUUGCUAAAUGCUUGCAGCAACAAUGCCUGUCAGAAUGGAGCGGCAUGUGUAGCGGCGGCUGGUUCUUGCACUGUCUACACCUGUACCUGUCCUAACUGUUUUACUGGAACAUUCUGUGAAACCGCUAUCAGUGCUUGUGCUACUAACCUUUGUCAGAAUGGAGGUGUUUGCAACUCAGUUGCUGGUUCCUGUACAGCUUAUACUUGUACCUGUCCAGCUUGCUUCACUGGAGCCUUCUGUGAAACAGCUGUUAAUGCAUGUUCUAACAACCUCUGCCAGAAUGGAGGUGCUUGUAAUACUGUACCUGGUUCUUGUACUGCUUAUACCUGCACCUGCAGUGGGUGCUUUAGCGGUUCUUUCUGUGAAACAGCUUUGAAUGCUUGUAGCAACAACAUUUGUCAGAAUGGAGCUACUUGUGUUGGUGCUCCCAAUUCCUGUACUGCUUACACUUGUACCUGUCCAUCGUGUUUCCAGGGAACUUUUUGUGAAACAGCUGUCAAUCCAUGCAGUGCUAACCUGUGUCAAAAUGGGGGUGUUUGUAACACUGUUCCUGGUUCCUGUGUCGCUUACACCUGUACCUGUCCAGGAUGUUUCUCUGGAGCUUUCUGCGAAACAUCUAACAAUGCUUGUGAUAACAACCUCUGUCAGAAUGGAGGAGGUUGUACUGCUAUAGCAGUUUCCUGUACUGCUUACACCUGUACCUGUCCAGCAUGUUUUUCUGGUGCCUUCUGUGAAACAUCUAUCAAUGCCUGCAGUACCAACCUCUGUCAGAAUGGAGCCUUCUGUAGCACUGUUGCUGGGUCAUGUACUGAUUACACCUGUACAUGUCUGUCUUGCUUCACUGGAACUUUCUGUGAAACAGCUAUCAAUGCCUGUGAUAACAACCUAUGUCAGAAUGGAGCAGUUUGUGUUGGUGUAACAGGCUCCUGUACUGCAUACACUUGCACCUGUAAUGGCUGCUUCACUGGCCAGUUUUGUGAAACAGCUAUCAGUGCCUGCAGUAACAACCUCUGUCAGAAUGGAGGUACUUGUAACACGGUUCCUGGUUCCUGUACAGCUUAUACUUGUACCUGCCCUGGAUGUUUUACUGGGGCCUUUUGUGAAACUGGCCUAAAUGCUUGUGCUAACAACAUUUGUCAGAAUGGAGCUGCUUGUGUUGCUGUAGCUGGCUCCUGUACAGCUUACACAUGUACUUGCAAUGGAUGCUUCACUGGAAACUUUUGUGAAACGCCAAUCAGUGCUUGUGCUAACAAUGUCUGUCAGAAUGGAGCUGGUUGUAAUGCUGUAACUGGUUCCUGUACAGCUUACACAUGUACUUGCAAUGGAUGCUUCACUGGAAACUUUUGUGAAACGCCAAUCAGUGCUUGUGCUAACAACAUCUGUCAUAAUGGAGCUGCUUGUAAUGCUGUAACUGGUUCCUGUAUAGCUUACACAUGUACUUGCAAUGGAUGCUUCACUGGAAACUUUUGUGAAACGCCAAUCAGUGCUUGUGCUAACAAUGUCUGUCAGAAUGGAGCUGCUUGUGUCACUGUAGCUGGUUCCUGUACAGCUUACACAUGUACUUGCAAUGGAUGCUUCACUGGAGCCUUCUGUGAAACAGGUAUUAAUGCUUGUGAUGGUAACCUCUGUCAGAAUGGAGGUGCUUGUAACACUGUUCCUGGUUCCUGUACAGCUUAUACUUGUACCUGCUCUGGAUGUUUUACUGGGGCCUUCUGUGAAACAGGCCUAAAUGCUUGUGCUAACAACAUCUGUCAGAAUGGAGCUGCUUGUGUUGCUGUAGCUGGCUCCUGUACUUCUUACACAUGUACUUGUAGUGGAUGCUUUACUGGAAACUUCUGUGAAACAUUUUCUAAUGGGUGUACUGUCAAUCAAUGUCAGAAUGGAGCAUCAUCUCCAUCAUUUGAUUCCUGUUCAACCAAUAACCGAUGUAUGGCUGGAUCAACAUGCUACAACAGCUACUACCAAGGCUCAACAGUCCAACAAUCAGAUCAGUAUUCUUGUAAAUGCGCAACAGGUUACACAGGGCCGCUAUGUCAAUUCACUAUAGCUCAAGUACCUAGUAUUGAUGUGUGUACUUUGGAAGCAACUACUAGCCCAUGUCUUAACUCUGCAACUUGUAACAACAUGUACCACAGCCAGUUAACCUCCACUUCAAUGCCUGUCUUGAAGUACUGCACAUGUACAAGUAACUACAUUGGAUCACGAUGUGAAACAUUAGUUUCAUCAAAUCCAUGUAACAGUUCUCCUUGUCUUAAUGGAGGGGCAUGUAACAAUUUUGUAACAUCAUACACUUGCACAUGUCCAACCUCGUAUACUGGCACACGUUGCGAAACACUUGUUUCAUCAAAUCCAUGUAACAGUUCUCCUUGUCUUAAUGGAGGGGCAUGUAACAAUUUUGUAACAUCAUACACCUGCACAUGCCCAACCUCGUAUACUGGCAGACGUUGCGAAACGCUUGAUUCAUCAAAUCCAAAUCCGUGUAGCAGUUCUCCUUGUCUUAAUGGAGGGGCAUGUAACAAUUUUGUAACAUCAUACACCUGCAUAUGCCCAACCUCGUAUACUGGCACACGUUGCGAAACAUAUGCCAUUGGAAGAAGGCGACGAGAUAUUGAAGUUCACCCUGUACGAAGAUCUGUGACAGCUGAAACGUGUGCAGAUGACCCAUGUCUAAAUGGAGGUGUGUGUUUUCAGGUGGAUUCGUGUGAAAACUAUGUGUGUGCGUGUGUCGGUUGCUAUAAUGGUAUCAAUUGUGAAACAGCUUUUGAUGGAUGUUCUAAUUCUCCAUGUAAAAAUGGAGGCUACUGUGUUGCAUCUACUGUUACCUGUUCUGGUUUCGUCUGCAAUUGUCCUUCAGGAUACACAGGCAAACAUUGUGAAGAAGUUGUCUGUUCUUUGCCUUUGGUGGCUGGAACAUGCCCACAAUUGCCAGUGCUGCGUUUUUACUACAACAGUACAUCCGCUAAUUGUGAAGUAUUUGCAUACCAUUGUGAAGGAAAUGAAAACAACUUUCAAACCCUUGCAGACUGUGAAACAGCAUGUCAAUUGAGCGCUUGCGCAUCAAACCCUUGUCUGAAUGGAGGUGUAUGUAAUGAUCGUGUUUCAUCUCACUCAUGUUCGUGCCCAGCUUGUUUUUCUGGAACCAACUGUGAAAUAGGUGUGAGUGCUUGUGAUAAUCAUAGUUGUCAUAGUAAUGCUACGUGUGUUGCUCUUGAAGUACCAGAUACCUGUUCUAACUACCUCUGUAUGUGUCCUCCAUGUUACUACGGUCAAUACUGUGAAACAGAAUUGGUUGAUAUCUGUAUGCACAGCAAAUGUGUAAAUGGAGGAACCUGUGUUGCUGAUGCUGAUAACUGUAUUCUUUAUACUUGUGAUUGUCCUCCUUGUUUCACUGGUAGUCUCUGUCAAGUUG